GCGCCGUGCUCGCGGAAGGAGCCAUGUUAAAGUUGUGUUGACAGUCAUUUCUGUGUGUGUUAGUCUGGCUCGAUCCGGGUCGGUCCGGUUCAGUCGUGGGUCUCAGUCUCCCGGUCGGAAGAUGAGCUGCUGUCCGGACAUCUCCCGCAGGAAUCCGCAGGAGGACUUCCAGCUGGUUCAGCGCAUCGGCAGCGGGACGUACGGUGACGUCUACAAGGCAAGGAGUGUGAGCACAGGAGAACUGGCUGCCAUCAAGGUCAUCAAACUGGAGCCUGGUGAGGACUUUGCGGUGGUGCAGCAGGAGAUCCUGAUGAUGAAGGACUGUAAACACUCCAACAUUGUGGCGUACUACGGCAGCUACCUCCGCAGGGAGAAAUUGUGGAUCUGUAUGGAGUUCUGUGGAGGAGGAUCACUGCAGGACAUCUACCACAUAACUGGUCCACUGACAGAGUCUCAGAUCGCCUAUGUCCUGCGGGAAACUCUGCAGGGUCUCUACUAUCUGCACAGUAAAGGAAAGAUGCACAGAGACAUCAAGGGAGCGAACAUCCUGCUGACUGAUAACGGAUAUGUCAAACUGGCGGACUUCGGUGUGUCGGCUCAGAUCACCAUGACCCUUGCUAAGAGGAAAUCCUUCAUCGGGACGCCGUACUGGAUGGCUCCAGAGGUGGCGGCGGUGGAGAGAAAGGGCGGAUACAACCACCUAUGUGACAUCUGGGCUGUCGGCAUCACUGCCAUCGAACUGGCAGAGCUGCAGCCACCCAUGUUCGACCUCCACCCCAUGAGAGCUUUGCUGCUUAUGACCAAAAGCAACUUCCAGCCUCCCAAACUGAAAGAUAAGGUGAAGUGGACCGGAAACUUCCACCAGUUUGUAAAAAUCGCUCUGACCAAGAACCCAAAGAAACGACCUGCUGCUGACAAACUGCUGCAGAACCCAUUUGUCUCUCAGCCUCUCAGUCGGACUCUGGCCAUUGAACUGCUGGAUAAAGUCAGUAACCCAGACCAUACGUCCUACCAGGACCACCUGGACGAUGACGAUACUGACACAGAGGUCGUCUCUGUUCCUUGGAGGAUCCCUUCUGGAAACACCAGAGAAGGAAAAACUCUGUCAGAGAUAAACUUCGAUCAGAUGAAGUUUGACCCUCCUCUGAGGAAAGAGACUGAAGCUCAUCACGAAGAGAGUGAUCGUUUCCUGGACUGUGAGGAGGAGCUGUACUACACCGCAAGAUCACACCUGGAGCUGCAGAUGGAGGAUGAGGAAGCUGCUGCAAGAUCGGAAUCCAUUCUCAGUGGAAACAGGAGUCAUGAGACUCACCUGGAUAGUGAGACUGCUGGUGAGGAUGAAGAUGAGGCUGAGGAUGAUGACGCCUGUGUGGAAGGAGGGUAUGAAGAUGACCAAUCGGGAAUCUCCAAUGCUGCAGAUGACCAUGAUGAUUACAGUGAAAUGCAGCAUGUAAAAGACUCAACGCUUCGGUCCUGCUCUCCUCCUCUUCCCCAGGAUGGAUCCCUUCCUCCUGACGAUGGUCAUCAUGGCAACCAGGACCAGGGUACCAUAAAGUGUCAUCCUCUGUCAGAAAGCCCCAUCCGGUCUGCCACCCAGGGCCCCCCCAGACCUCCACCCCCCAAACACCCCCCCCAAAGACUCAGCAGCCUGGGUAAUGGUCCGUCCUCCUCUGAUCGUCAGCCUGCGGCGCCUCCUACUGUUAACAGCAGGACAGACAAGAGAGAUCCUCCAAAACCAGUCAGUAACGGACUCCCACCAACUCCUGAAGUCCAUAUGGGAGCCUGUUUCUCGAAGGUUUUUAACGGCUGUCCUCUGAAGAUUCACUCUGCUGCCUCCUGGGUCAACCCUGAGACCAGAGACCAGUAUCUGAUCUUCGGCGCCGAGGAGGGAAUUUACACUCUAAACCUGAACGAGCUGCAUGAGAACUGUAUGGAGCAGUUGUUUCCUCGCAGGUGUACCUGGGUGUAUGUGAUGAGCAACACUCUGAUCUCCAUCUCAGGUAAAGCCUCUCAGCUGUACUGCCACAGUCUGGCUGGCCUAUUCGAACAGGCUCGACAGAAACAGAAGCUGUCGGUUUCUAUCCAGACUCGCCGCCUGCCAGACCGCAUCCUGCCCCGGAAAUAUUCCAUCUCCAAUAAGAUUCCUGACACUAAAGGUUGUCUGAAAUGCUGCGUCGUGAGGAACCCCUACACAGGUCACAAGUAUCUGGGAGGAGCCUUCCAAUCAGGUGUGGUCCUCCUGGAGUGGGUGGAGCCAAUGCAGAAGUUCAUGCUGGUGAAGAACGUGGACCUCCAGCCACCAUGUCCUCUUGAGGUUUUUGAGCUGCUGGUUGUCCCGGAGCAGCCAUACCCUCUGAUCUGCGUUGGCCUUAGCAGAGGAACCGAAUCGAACCAACCCAUCAGCUUCCAGACCCUCGACCCCAAUUCCUCCUGUGUCGCCCCCCCUGACUCAGAAAACCCUCAGAGUUGUGUGAUCCACGUCACUCAGCUGGAGCGAGACACUGUCCUGGUCUGCCUGGACCGUUGUAUAAAGAUUGUGAAUCUCCAGGGGAAACUGAAGUCCAGCAAGAAGCUGUCAGCUGAGCUCACCUUCAACUUCCAGAUCGAGUCGAUCGUGUGUUUACAGGACAGUGUUCUGGCUUUCUGGAGACACGGCAUGCAGGGGCGGAGCUUCAAAUCUAACAAGAUCACUCAGGAGAUCAGUGACAUCAGCAGGAUGUUCCGCCUGCUGGGCUCCGACAGGGUGGUGGUUCUGGAGAGCAGAGCGACAGACAAUCCGACUGAACACAGUAACCUGUACAUCCUCGCCGGACAUGAAAACAGCUACUGAGACCAGAAAGAGACCAGGAUUAAACCAGGACUGAACCAGGGCUAAACCAGGACCAAAUCAGGACCAAACCAGUAUCAAACCAGGACCAGGCCAGGACUAUACUGGGAUCAAACCAGUUUACACCAGGACCAGAAAAUCUCAAACUAGGACUAAAACAAUAUCAAACCAGGGCUAACCGAGGACCAAUCCAGAGCUAACCCAAGACCAAACCAGGAUAAAACCAGGACUACACCAUAACCGGUCCAGUAUCAAAUUAGGUUCUAUCCCAGGACCGUUCCAGUCAACAGUCUGGUGUUGUAUGACAGUGGUCCAGAACCAGAAGCUGUUCCACUGAGUUAAUGUCAUAUUUCUAGAGAACUAUACUAAUCCAGGUUUGAAGUCCUAGGUGAUUCAAAUGAUCCCACAAUGCAACAGUAAAAGUCGCGACACUGCGACACUAAAGUCGGUGAAGUUCGUGAGAACUGAGACGGACAGUGGUGUAAAAAGUGUAAACAGGUUGUACGUUGUAGUUUCUACGUUUGUUUGCGUAUUUGUGUCUGAUGGAUUCCUUCUGUGUGACGCUGCCUUCACGUCAGGGAGCAUCCAACAGGAUAAUUCACACGUUGUUGUUCAGUUGAGCACCAGGAAGCAGCAGGGGUGUCCCGAGCAGAUGUCCUGAGCAGGACGUCUGCUUCCUGCAGAGCGUCUGACAGUUGAUUAUCAGUUUUACUUAUUUCAAACUUUGGGAUCCAAAGUGAAGCUGAAAGGUCAGAGGUCAGAAAACAUCUCACACCCUCUGUCUGAGGUUGUGCUCAGUUUAUCCGAACAACGGCAGUUUUAUUGUGUUCAAACGUUUAUCUUUACAGUUUCUCUCUCUUUGUCUCGGCUCUUACUAGGAGUUUAACCACUGAAGUCACAUUUAAUUAUUAAUAUAAUCAUUAUCAUCACUUAUCGUCAGAAAAUUUAGAUGUAACGGUACAGAGAAAGAUUAAAAUAUCACAUAUGUCACAAACAUAACGAAAAUUAAAGUUUCAUGUGUGAAGUAGAACAUCGGUUCCUGUUUGUUUGACAGGGAUCCGUCCUCAGAGAACCAGAGUUACAGUAACCUGACUGUCUACAUAUGGAUCUUAAAGCUGCUUUAGGUUUAUUCAGUCUUUUCUAUGCCGAUGUGUAAAUACUGUAAAAUAAAAAACGCUCUUUUUA